GCCAGCUUUAAAAUAUAAUUUGACCAAAAUUUAAGUUGCUAUCAUAACGCAAAUAGCAAUUCUUCUAUCAUCAGAUCUAAUCUGUUGAAGAUGGUAUUGGCAUAUAUUCACGAUUGUUGAUAUAUAUAUUGAGAUUCAAGAUGAGUUCGUGUCUUUCAAGAAGCAAAAUACCUUUGCCUGUUAAAUCCAGAAUACCUGUUCCUACAUCAUCUGUAAAAUUAACAAAAAACUUGCCAGCUCCAUCAGCAUUGAAUAAAAAUACUCCUGAUAGCAGAACGGAUUCAUAUGUAACCUCUAAAUUUUUACAUAACAAAAAAACUGCUAAAGAUGGAAAUAUGAAAAAUGCUAGAACAAUCAAGAAAAAUUUUCAUGAAAAAUUUUCUGUUAAACCUAAUACGAGAAAUGUUCAGCAGUCUGAUCAGCAAAAUUCGAAAAUGAAAGUGAAGAUAAAGGAUGAAAAUGUACCUUCACCUGUUUUGAAAACAAAGCCUGUUUUUUCAAGAAAUAAACAAAUAACUGUUAAAAAAAGUAUAGAGCCUACAUCUGACUAUAAGCAAAGUCUGAACAUUAAGAUGAAGGCAAAAGAUGAAAAUUUACCUCCUCGAGUUACAGCAAAGUCUGCUUUUUCAAGAAAGAAACAAAUAGCUAUGAAAAGUAGUAUAAAACCUACAUCUGACUGUAAACAAAGUCUGAAAAUUAAAGUGAAGAUUAAAGAUGAAAAUUUGCCUCCACCUGUUUUGACAACAGAGCCUGCUGUUUCAAAAACUGAACAAAUAAUUAUAAAAAAUAACAUACCACCUAGAUCUGAUUGCAAAGUAGCGGAAACUAUUGAAAAACCAAAGCACCUUGCAUUACAGGAGGACAUACACUUUGAGCCAAAUGAAUUUUAUAGAAAUCUUAUUUUAAAAGAAAGACAUUUAUCACCUAGCAUUCUGAAUAUGAACCCUGGUACAAAAUUAUCAAGUGUAAUGGUUGAAAGACCAUCACUAUAUAAAAAAAUGCCAGUUGUUAAAAAUCCGGUAGAAGAAGCCAUGAAAGAAAUAGAAAAUCUCAAGUUAGAAAAUAAAAGAAUUUCACAGCUUAAACAAAAUGCAGCCAUUCCUGUGUCACCAAAAGUUGAAAGAGCGUCAAUAUAUAAAAAAAUGCCACUUGUUAAAAACCCGGUUGAAGAAGCCAUGAAAGAAAUAGAAAAUCUCAAGUUAGAAAAUAAAAGAAUUUCGCAGCUUAAACAAAAUGAAGCCAUUCCUGUGUCACCAAAAGUAUGA